CCACACCCCGGCGGCGGCCCGCUCGCCCCUCCCAGCCGGGCCGCGCGGGCCCGGGGCGCGCCCUGCAGCCUGGGCCUCCGCGACUUCGCUCGGCGCCGGCCCGCGCCCGGGACCAUGCUGCGCCGGCUGCCGGCCUCCGUGCUGCCCGCGGCGGCCUGCCAGGACGCGGAGCCGCCGACGCGCUACGAGACCCUCUUCCGGGCGCUGGACCGCAACGGGGACGGCGUGGUGGACGUGGGCGAGCUGCAGGAGGGGCUCCGGAGCCUGGGCAUCCCGCUGGGCCGGGACGCCGAGGAGAAAAUUUUUACUACUGGAGAUAUCAACAAAGAUGGAAAGCUGGAUUUUGAAGAAUUUAUGAAGUACCUUAAAGACCAUGAGAAAAAAAUGAAACUGGCAUUUAAGAGUUUGGACAAAAAUAACGAUGGAAAAAUCGAAGCUGCAGAAAUUGUCCAGUCUCUCCAGAUACUGGGUCUAACUAUUUCUGAAAAACAAGCAGAGUUGAUUCUUCAAAGCAUUGAUGCUGAUGGGACAAUGACAGUGGACUGGAAUGAGUGGAGAGACUACUUUUUAUUUAAUCCUGUUACAGACAUUGAGGAAAUUAUUCGUUUCUGGAAACAUUCUACUGGAAUUGACAUAGGGGAUAGUUUAACUAUUCCAGAUGAGUUCACGGAAGACGAAAAAAAGUCUGGCCAGUGGUGGAGGCAGCUUUUGGCAGGAGGCAUUGCUGGUGCCGUCUCUCGAACAAGCACCGCCCCUUUGGAUCGCCUGAAAAUCAUGAUGCAGGUUCAUGGUUCAAAAUCAGACAAAAUGAACAUAUUUGGUGGCUUUCGACAGAUGGUAAAAGAAGGAGGUAUCCCUCGUUCAGAUGAAGGCAAGGGUGGGGAUUAUAAGCAGAAGCAGCAGCAGGUAGACAGAAAUUACAAGAAGUUGCUUACUGAGGAAGGACAAAAAAUUGGAACCUUUGAGAGAUUUAUUUCUGGUUCCAUGGCUGGAGCAACUGCACAGACUUUUAUUUAUCCCAUGGAGGUUGUGAAAACCAGGCUGGCUGUAGGCAAAACUGGACAAUACUCUGGAAUAUACGAUUGUGCCAAGAAGAUUUUGAAACGUGAAGGUUUUGGAGCUUUUUACAAAGGUUAUGUUCCGAAUUUAUUAGGCAUUAUACCUUAUGCAGGCAUAGAUCUUGCUGUGUAUGAGCUCUUGAAGUCCUAUUGGCUAGAUAAUUUUGCAAAAGACUCUGUAAACCCAGGAGUCAUGGUGUUGCUGGGAUGUGGCGCCUUAUCUAGCACCUGUGGUCAGCUGGCCAGCUACCCCUUGGCUUUGGUGAGAACCCGCAUGCAGGCUCAAGCUAUGGUAGAAGGAACCCCACAGCUGAACAUGGUUGGCCUCUUUCAACGAAUAAUUUCCAAAGAAGGAAUACCAGGACUUUACAGAGGCAUCACCCCAAACUUCAUGAAGGUGCUCCCUGCUGUAGGCAUCAGUUAUGUGGUUUAUGAAAAUAUGAAGCAAACUUUAGGAUUAAACCAGAAAUGACAUGUUGAAUUUUUUGGAUUAGCAUAAUUGUUGUAAUUUUCAACAAUUUCUAGGGUGACUUUUUCCUCCUAGAAUUUAAACAAGUCUAUGGCAAAAGCUGUAUUUUUUUCACAAAAAGGAAGAGCGUAUCAAUGAUCACUUCAAAUAUUUGGGCUUAAUUUUAUAUAUUGAGAAAUGUUAAAAAUCACAGUUUUAAUAAGUUUUGAAAAGGCCACAAAAUUAUACUUUUUUCUUUUCUUUCUAGUCCUGCAAAUCUCUGCCCUGAAUCCUAAAUCUCAGAAUGUACUUGCUUGAACUAAAUUUGUUUUGUGUGGUAGAAUUAUAAAUUCUUAAUGUUUAUUUUGGUUGGUUCAAGUUUAUGCCAAUUCCGUUUUACUUAAAUGUCUUGUUUUAUAUAUUCUGAAUGUCUUUAUAGACUUCUUAAAAUUUCCCUAUAGAACCAUUAAUAGAAAAUCAUUACAUUUAGAAUAUACCUUACAGCAGCCAAGUGUUAGGUUUAUAUUCUUAUCUUUCUUUAAGCUGAAGAGGAAUGAACAUAAAUGGUAGAAUUUGUAAGGAGGAGUGAUGAAAUUAUAUUUCUUUCAGUGCACAUUUUUUCAUUUUACUUGUACUAUUAUUUGGUUCCUGGAAUUAUACACUGAUUUUCAGUAUAUUACUGUUAAAUUGUCAACACAAGACAACUAAUUUGAAAGAUUCUGUUUAUUCUGUCACUGUUUGAAAAGCAGCAGGAAACAAAACCCUUUUACUUGUAUCAGCUUCUGAAGAGCAUCUCUCUUUUCUUUGUCCUUUGUUUCCCACUUUUUGAACCACAUUCUGUUUUAAUCAGGAAGGCUUCUUAGGACCAUUUUUAGUAAUCUGAAAUUUCUCUUUUUUAAUUACAUAAAGUGGGCUGAUCACGGGCGAAUGACAUGCUUAUUUCCCGCUCACUGUUGAAUUUCCUUGAACCUGCCAUUCUCAAUUUUGGCAGCACAAACUAAGAGAUACAUACUAAUAGUAGUAUGUAUUAAUCUUACACAUUAGAUACCUAUACUUAAAUGAAAGGCCCAAUUUGUAAACAUACAUUCAUAUUCUCUCUUGCUCCAAGUUUUAGGAACAUGUUAUGAUAUAGAAAACUUAAUUUCUAAUAUCGAUAGCAUUUUUUAUUUUACUAAAGCCAUUUUUGUAGUCCACAAUCUUUUCUGAUUUGUAUGACUAGGACUUAGAAAAAUAUUAAUAGUUGAAGUUAUUCUUGCCACUUUUUAAUUUAGUUCCUAAACUUGUUCGAUUUCUAAGAAUUUCUGUUUUAAAUUGCCAACAUUUUAAUGAAAAUCUAGUGAAAUAAUAUGGCAUUUACUUUAUUUGAACCUACCUCUUUUAUUUUCUGAACCAAAGAGAAAAGAUGCACUUGUGUUUGUGAAACAUUUUCAGAAAUAUAGUUUCAUUU